CAGGAACUGCCAGUAAUAGGAGCUAUUACACUGCUCAGCAGGUUGCCAGCAGUGUACACUAGAUUAGCUGUACUGCAAACCUGUAGGGGCUCAGGGUAUGAGACCCCCGGGCAGCUGUUUCACACCAUGGCCUUUUCUGCCCCCAACCAGCCCCAGCUAAUCCGCAGUAGCCAGAAAGAUGAAUAUUUCCAGGGCAGUUUGCGAGGCCAGGCGCAUGAGACGUGCCAAGCUUUUGUAGGUGCCAAAAAGUGGCUGCAAUGGAGGAAAGAAAUUGAAUUGCUUUGUGAUGUUGCUUAUUACACCCUGACAACAUUUUCAGGUUACCAGACUCUUGGAGAAGAGUAUGUUAAUAUUGUGCAGGUUGAUUCAUCAAAGAAAAAGGUGCCAUCCUUAAUUCAACGAGGAUUACUUGUGUGUUGCCAUACUCUGUUACCUUACGUGUUAGAUAAGGAGUUGGCACUCUUGGAACAAGAGCUCCAAACUGAAAACGAUGGAAUACGUGUUUCUCAUGGGCGGUUGUCAUAUGGGUCCCAUCGUAAAUCAUGGAUCUGGAAGAAAGUGCAUCGAAAAAUCUCUUCUUUGUCAGAACAGCAAAAAAAAACUUUAAUAAAAACUGUCUACAUUGUAAGACAGAGCAUUGUCUUCCUAAAAAGACUGCACCUUGCCACCUUCUACAGUAAUGGAGUGUUCUACCAUAUUGCCAAACGAAUCACAGGAAUUACAUAUCUUCGUGUAAGGGGAGCGCUCGGUGAUGAGCAGCUCGUUCGUAAGGGUUACACCGUCCUUGGUGUGGUUUCAUUACUUCAUCUUGCGCUGUUGCUUUUUGUUCAACUUCAUAACUUCCAGCAAAAGCAGGAGGCUCAGCAGAAGUGGAAACUACACCGUCGUAUGUCUCAUCAGAGGGCGCCGCCACAUGAGAAAUCGCAUCAGCGUAUUUCAAAGUGCACGCUGUGUUUAGAGCUGCGCAGACACAGCACCGCUACACCAUGCGGACACUUGUUCUGUUGGGAGUGCAUCACUGAGUGGUGUAAUACAAAGACUGAAUGUCCAUUAUGCAGAGAGAAAUUUCAUCCCCAGAAACUUGUCUACUUGAGACACUAUCGAUGACUUCACGAAUGUCUCCAUUUUUUUUCUUCUUCAAGGGCUUCUAUUGAAGAGUGUUUGUUUUAUUUUAUGUAUGUGCUUAGCUUCUUACAUUAGGAAGAUGUGCAUUUAAAAUGUUCCAUGAAGCCAAAUUAACAUUUUUCUAGGGUAAAUUGAUGUUUCAGUUUUUUGGAACUGUCAUUAUAAUUUUUUUUUUUCUUCCAAAAAUAACACCUGCAGUUCUUAGAAUCUCUUUGAGAAUACAUUGAAAUCGGUUUUUCAUUUGUCAACAACUAUAUGUAAUAAUUUUGCACCACAGUAUCUUGGCAAUUAAAAUGUGUAUUAUCCAUCAAGUAACCAUCAUAUAUUAGAGAUUGUUAAAGCAAUUGGUUGUUUUCUAAAGGAAGACUACAGUCUAAAAAAUGUUUUAUCAUACAUUUGAAAAAGCACAAUUUAAAUGUUAAAAACAUCUCUUGGUAUUGGACAGCGCCAUGUCGUAACUUUAAAGCCUAUUAUGUAUUGAUAGCUACUCUGCUGAGACCAGUUAGAAACGAUCUACUAGAGUAAAUAUUUCAGUGUUUUGUGUCCCUUUUUAAUUUUGAAAAAGAAGGCAUUAUUUUUAGCUAGAAGUAAUUUUUAAAGGGACACUUACUGUACAUGUACUGUAAAUUUAGUUUUCACUUUAAUAUGUUUAGUUUUCCUUUUGGUUCAUUUUUGCAUUAAAAUAGUGUUUUGCUUAUUGAAA